AUGUCAUUAGAUAGCGAGAAUUCAAACCCCAAUAGCAAAGCUGGAAAUUUUAGUCCAUCUUCACUCGGCGGCGGAAAUGGCCAGCCGCGACAAGAUAACCUGGUUUCCACCGAUGACAAACCAACCAACUUUUCACCGCAUGAAUCGCGGCAAGAUUCCUGCCACUACUCAAGUGGAAGGGAUACCCAAUGUGGGAGUUGGAGAAAUUCCCCCACGUGGUGA